AUGACCAGCUCUCCAGGUAUGCACUGCACCAAUGUGACCAGAAACCAAUGCGUGAAGUCAGACGGCAUGCAGGAAAAGGAAACGAUACAUGAGCAGGACUACGUGGAAACGAGUGGAUUUGGCAGCCAGAGAGCAGGAAAGCAGCCAGAGAAUCAGCAUCUCAGAGCAAGGUUGGACCGUGUGGACGAAGUAAUCGACACAAAAGACGAGGACGAAUCUCCUGAAACAUCUCCAAGGGACGCAUUCACAGAUUCAUACAGUGAGUUUCAGACCAGCUCAAGUAGAGAAUAUCAAGGACGGAAGUCGGUGAUGAGCUACUUCCAAUCCCAACCCGAGAGAAUAAAGCUGAUGGCAGAGGUUUUAAAAUACGAGCUGUCCAGAGCUGUCAGUAGGAGCGUUGACUCUAUUUUCAAAAGCAUGCCACUUAUACAAACAAACAUUGAGGGGAAUGCAGAGACAGAUAUACGUCUUCAGUCAUCAGUUGGUGGAGAUGAAUCAGGACUAACCUGUUGUGGAAAUGCAGAGGUGCAAGUCCCAGAUGUUCAAACCGAAGCUCUGUCUCUGGUCGUACAAAAGCCUCGACUGGAAAACAAGUUUGUCCUUCACCAUCGUCCACAACCUCCAAUCCUGUUCGGGAAUCAUGACUCUGAAGAUCAGCCGUCAGAGAGGAAUCACGAAGCCGUCCGUCAACAUGCUCUCAGGUGCACUCAGGAUGCAUGCUCCAGAGUUGGUCCGGCAAAGUUUGACACCCUUCGGAAUUCAAUCAAAGUGAGGUUGAAGGUCAACUCCAGGUCUGUGAGAAGCCCACAGACUCACACUGUGUCUGUGGACCCCACGCUGAUGGAAAGCCCUGGUCUCCCUCAUGUCAAUAUAGAGUCCGACUGCCUAGUGAAGACCAACCUGUACAUGCUGAAUGAGGGUCUGACCACAAAUCAUCUGAAGAAAGCAAAGCUCAUGUUCUUCUUCACGCGCUACCCGAGUUCCCUGGUGCUAAAGAUGUGUUUCCAUGAUGUGCAGUUCUCGCGCUGCAUCACCUCUCAGCUCAUCAAGUGGUUCAGUAACUUCAGGGAGUUUUUCUACAUCCAGAUGGAGAAGUUUGCCCGUCACGCUCUCAUCGAAGGAGUCUCCGACGUGCGGGGUCUGACUGUGGAGAGACAAUCAGAACUUUUCAGAGCUCUCAACAUGCACUACAACAAAGCCAACGACUUCCAGGUCCCUGACAGUUUCCUGGAGGUUGCAGAGAUUACAUUAAGAGAAUUUUACAUUUCCAUUUCAAUGGGCAAAGACCGUGAUCCCUCGUGGAAGAAAGCGAUCUACAAGGUGAUCUGUAAACUGGACAGUGACGUACCAGCUCAAUUCAAAAGUCAUCACUCUGCAUGACAACCAAUCAGAAGACAUCAUGUGCCGCAGUGGCUACUGUCACCAUGUGUACUUACUCGCCUUGAUUAGCAAAGUACUUAGUUUUUAAUAAAGAACCUGCUGUAUUUUACAAUUGAGUUAUGUACAUGCUUGCACAUAUCCAGUCUCCACACAUACAGCAGACUGAUUUAGGCUUCUAUGGCUGUUUUUUUUCAUGAGGUCAUUUGAUAUUAUUAGUAUUUUGCUAUAUCAACCUUAUUGUAUAGCAAUAACACAUAAUAACAAUUUUAUCUGUGAAAUGUGAGCAACAGAAGAACACAUUUUUAGAGGCAUUGUUCUUUAAUAAGGACAAAAAAAGGUCCACACAACACAAGUGAAAAAAGACAUUUAUUUUACAGCAGAGCUUUGUCAAAAUAUUUGUA